AUGUCUUCGUUGCAUUGGGUUUGAUCCUUUAACACAUAGAAGCACAUCGAUCAUGCUGCCAUCGUCAGAAAUGCCGAGAUGAGAUGAUGAGCAAGACAGAGAAGGAGAGAGAAAAAGAAAGAGAAAGAGAGAGAAGAAUGGGAGGAAGAAAAGGGUUUGGACACAGCAUAGCAAUCCACACCAUCAAAUGUGUUCUGCACAUGUGUCUGCAAUCCUCUGGUGGCUGAAAGAUUGUGUGCUGAAAAUGUCAUUUGAAAGAAGCCCACAAACAAUGCUGCGUGUUGUAUCUUGUCAACACUGAGAAUCCAAACUCGUGAUGGGCACACAUACAGGGAAAGGCGUACAGACGGGCGCGAGUGGAGAGUCAAAGAAAACCCAUUUUGCUUCGCGCCGCUAUUUCACCGUCGCAUGUCGCAAAUUGUCGGGGGAACGGAUGGGUGGUGGUAGAACAUUUUGAGUUGAUCGUAAUUAGAAGAGUAAGAACCACACCAUCCCAAAGAGCCAAACAUACACACACACACACUCAAACACACUCGCACUCUAACGUGUAGUAGUUCGAGUGAGUGGUGUGUCCUUCUCCGCACGGGAGAAGGGAGGGAUGGAUGGAAUUCUUUUUGCGUUUGUCGUUUAUUAGUGUUGCCAGUUUGGUUCGCCCUGCAAAACCGGUGGGAAACCGAUCGUCCGUGUCGUACGAACAUGGUGGUACUGACGAUCGGUGGCGAUCGGUGUGCGGUGGGGAACAAACUUUGCGCGACCGAAACAGUAAAGUGAAAUUUCUAAAUUACUAAUCAAAGCCGGCGGGAAAAUAAUAGGGGCUUGCCAGCACGCGGGAUAGCGGCAAAACGAUGGAUGGUGUGUGGUCAUGGUUGUAGGGUGGACAUUUUCACCUUCGCAGCGCUAUGUCUCAAUCAGACAGGGAAAACAUGGUUCGAUGAGGAUGCGCACCGUGUAAGAAGAAGAGUUUUAACGAUUGUUUCCCUCUUUUUGUUUAUUUUGUUUAGAGUUUUUGCAACAUGUCAUGUUUUACAUGUUUAUAUUUAUCUUAAUAUUAAUUUGAAUGUCUUCGUUCUUUUCUCUAGUCAAGUUUUCUGCUUUACAUUGCUUUUCUUAUUUUUCUGUUCUUUUUAAUGAAGUUACUGUUUUAAGUCAUUUUUUAACUACUUGCUUUUGAUUUUGUGUGAAAGUCUUUUUCUUCACCUCUUGCAUGGUGUCAUCACAGCCUCAUGUAUGCCACUUUUCCCAUGAAUAUCGUGAUAAAAAGGAUGCAUGUAGUAAAAGCCGAUCGAGCAAUAGCAUCCUGAAACGUGUACGAGUUGUAUUAUCACAUUAUUAGCAAAGCCAAACCAAAUAAGACAAACAAAACUAUUAAAAAAACACACACAUCCAGAUCGUUCACGAGCUGGCUGCAAUGGAGCCCGUUUUGUAUCAUAUAAAGUAGAAUUUAAACACACAUAAGGCACAAAAAUUACCUACACGAAGUUACACGAGCCGUAGAACUACACCCAGACUUCGAUUUCAAACGAAUUCGACCCUUCUUCCUGUGAAAUCUGUGCUAGAAAAUCUGAAAAUCUAUGAAACCAUGAGAUAAAAUUACUCCUCAGAAAAUCCUUAUCAAAACUAGUAAAAUGGGUGCAAAAACCGUAAAAACGAAUAAAAAAAACACUAUAACAGCAAAACGAAAUUCCCAAUCUUACAACAACUACCAAAAAAUGGGGCAAAAUGUGAAGCAAAUGCGCAUUACUAUCACCAGCGGCAUUGACUGUGAUAUAUAAAGCAAAAUGAAAUAUUAUUAAAACAAAACCGUUAAACUAGCCAAUACAAAUGCCACACUCUAGCAUCGGGAAGCCACUCUCUGGGCUGCCAACUGAGUUCAGGAACAAAUUGAAGGAAAUACACAAACCCGGUUCUACCAUCUGAAAUGGAUUAAGCUUUGCCAAUAAGAUCGAGAAAAAUGUCAAAUGAAACGGCAAAUCAAUGAAGCAAAACUGAUCAUUUAAAUUGUGCCAAAGUGGAAUAAAAUUCAUUUGCGUUGGAUUGAGGUAUUGACUAUAUCUGAACCAGUUGGCACAAUCAAUCGAGUCGAGCACAAAAGCGUUAGAAUGUCAAAUAAAUUGAAGAAAAGAUUUAAUGAAAUUUUUAUUUAAAUGGUGCUCUAGCAAUCAGUAAGAUUAGUUUAAAUAUACUGUUAAUACUAUAGCGAAAACUAAUUCUUUCAAGUACCAUCAUACGUUAGUUGACCGUAGAGGGUGGAUAGUAUAACUUGAAUGUUUUUUUUUUUGCAUUUAAUUAACUUAUAAACGUUUUAAAAUACAUCGUUAAAUAAUUUCAUUGAUUUAAUUUCUGCUAAUGUUCAGAGUUUCAACGCGCCAGCAUGAUGGAAAGGAACUUAAAGUCGCAUUUCUUAUUAAAAUGUAACGAAUUCAAAGUUUGAUAUUCGACCGUAAGAGUAAGGAACAAACGAAUGAAGGUCGGAAACGGCAAAUCUUUAACCCUGUGAAUGCGCGAGAAGCAACUCCCGGCAGUAGGUUCCAGAGCUAGGCUAAAACGUUCGCAAAUUAAAUGCUGAAAUUAAAUUGCCAUCGAUUUGUGCGUAACUUGCUGCAUUUUAUCACCGACAGGAGGAGACAAAAUGUAAUGUUCUAGCAGGAUUGUUUAGCUUUGUUUAAAUGUUCGUAGAUUACUGUGACCUAUAAUUUCCCAUAACUUCACCCAUUCAGCAUUCAGUCAGUAAACGGGUAAAGUAAACUAAAGUCGAAGGUUAGUUGGUUUUGUGUAACGAUCACUCGAUCUUGACUAAGCGUGUUUUCCACCAGUGAUUUAAAGUUGUGUUAAAUAUGCUAACCUGUUUGAGCUGAGUUCGUUUCCUAUUGCCAACUCACUUAUUAAGCUCAUUUGAUCGUUCAGAGUUUAUUGUCUAGUUUGGACGUGUUAACAGUGUGGUUUUGCAGCACCGUCAACUAAUUUAGUGCUUUUCACUUGUCACCUUUUACUCGUUACUCAUGCCCAUUUGCUACGCAUUUUGUUUCGACAUCACGCAAACGCAGCUCACACUUUUCCACAGUGUUAAUCGCACCUGUACGCGUGCUUUCCUCCCCCACAUUUCAAAGCUUCACGGAAAAUAGCGUAUGUAGUUCUAGCUCGUGUAAGGUAGCGUGUUUGGAUGCAGUGUGCUGCUUCGAUGCUGCAGGAUAUCUGGACGACUAACGACUGUGCGGGACACAAGAGACACACAUGACAAAACGUGAUAUAUAGUGGAGACGCGAAUGCCCCACCCCGCCCCUCAUUGGGUCUCCCGUGUUAGGGCGCAUAUAUGUUAGGGCGAAUUAAAAGCACGGUCGUACAGACAAAAAAACAAAAAUAAUAAUAAUAGUAAUUAUUAUAAUAAUACCUAGGCACGCGUUCAACGAUAUACAAACCGCGCAAUUUCCUAUCCAAUCCAGACCCGCCCUCCGAUGCUCAUAUUAUUUUGAGCAUCGCGAGCGACAAUCGGGUGUGGGCGGUGUGUACAGAGAGUAAUUUCCCAAAGGCUCGUGUACGGUGUACACGAGCGGGGCCCCAAACUGGGAAGGAGGACGCCACCCCUUUCCCCUAUAGAAUUUUCUGGCGUGUGCGUUUGUGUAAGUGAGAGGUAAUUCCACGACACAAGAACUUGCAAACCCCCCUCGUAAUGCAUACACUUUCAAUCAAUUAUGAAUAAAUAAGCCGAUAGUUAAUUCACAGUAAAUUAAAUUUACCCGAUCGGAUGGGAAAGGGGUGAAGGUCGGAGCAAAAGUGGAGACGUAUAAAAAUGAAAGAAAAAAAAAAAGUAAUAAAAGUAAAUAUUAAAUAAAACAAGACCGAGUGGCAGAGACAAACGAGACAGCAACAGCUCCUUGACUACCCGGGGAAAACAGUAUAGCAAAAGAGGAGCUGUCCCGUAAUAAUUAAUAAUUAAUAAAUAAAUAAAUAUUAAACUAAACAUAUAAAUAUACCUAUAAAACUAGUUAUACAUUACGCAUUACGCAUUAACACCUAAUUAUAGAAAAAAAACAAUGAAUUACUAAGGUAUAAUAAACAAAAAUCGUACCAUUGAGCGCUCCGUCGCACAUGGUCUUACAUCAACUGGCUGGUGGACGGUGGGGAAUUGCGGGCGCGAUCGGCAAAAGUCCUUGGUAGGUAGCUAAUCCUUCAGUUUUUUUGUACGGUCCGUCGGGCAACCCCCCGUUCCAAUACGAGCAAAUCGAGCGUUUUUGAGCGUGAAUUAUAGCACCCCCCCCCCCCUCCUCCCACUUUCGGUGGACCAACUAGGCCCCCCCGAGAUCGCGCAGGCGGUGAUGGGGGCGCGUGUCGCGGAGGCAACCGCUUUCCGACCGCGCCAGCCCAAUCAUCGUCCCGCGGGUACAGGGGAUACCGAAAGGUUGCUGAAAUAUUUAAGAAAUUCUAUGAAUUUUUGCAUAAAACAAGUAAACGUAAACCAAAAUUGUAAAGUUGAGCUAGCGCGUAAGAAACAUAAUCAAUUCUUUAUAGCAGGUACGGUGGUGUGUCGGGUCGAACGAUAGUAGUACAUCUUAAUUGAGCAAGAGAGGAAGAGAGAGAGAAAGAGAGAGGGAGGGAGAGAGAGAUAGAGAGAGUUAUAUAUAUAUAAUGCAUAAGAAACCAAAUCGGAAUGAAAAUCCUUUCACUCACUAGAAUUAACUCCUAGACUAGAGAAGGAAAUUGAAAUACGUCAGGAAAUUGAGUGCGAAACGGUGCCCUUUUUGCCAGGUGUAGCUCCCGUUGUACUAUUGACAGUGAGAGAGAGAGAAAAAAAAGGAAAACAAAAAUAAAUCCCAAGCAAAGAAAGUAUAGCUGAUAGGUGGCUGAGGUACUCUACACACACACAUUUAGUAGUAGAUAAGAAACGGGGUGAGAUAAAUGGAUAAAAAAACGAAGGACAACACACGAUACACACAAUGACGAUAUUGUUGAGUGAGCGAAAUUUUCGAAAAUUAAUCGUAUUACAAAUUAAAAACACAAAACCACACUCCCACACAUAGAAGCGGUCGGUCAUGAUCGGUGCAAGUAAGCGAUAGUUUAGUAGACCGGUAGUAGGAAAAAUUCGAAUGAAUGACAGGGAUUAAGGUCCACCCCCCACAAAACAAACUGCAAGAAAACAUUUCCCUUUAAAACGUAAGAGGAAGUAACCAAAAAAAUAAUAAAACAAUUACAACAAAUCCCAGGAACGAAAUGAUGCACGGGAAUGCGAACGAAAUUACACAACUUUACUGUAUAAGGUUUUGCUGAGCAUUGCAAGAGUUUAAAAUUUAAUUACCAAAACAAAAACCAAAUCAACUGAGAGCAUGAGAAUUACCUGCGAAAUUGUGUGCCAAGCUGAAAACCCGCGGCCAAACGGUACUGUUGUCUCUAGGGACCUGGGAAACAGAGAGAGAGGAGAGCUGAAGGGGGCUCUGAAGGGGGGGCCAAGGUUGGAAUGGCAUACAGUACGGUUCAGAUUUGGCCAAAUCGGCCCCAGCACACUGGGGCACGUGAGGGGCUUGGGAUAGGCAAAAUUUAAGUCAAUGAAUAUUCAAAAUUUAAAACCAGUAAGUAAACCAACUUUUCGCAUCUUAAACACGUGAAAACACACACUCACAUACACACAUACACACUUUGCAUCAUUUUCACAGGCAAAUUUUGAAACCAAAACUUCUUCUUCCGCAAUGUUAAUUGCACCACAACACUGCGCCUCUUCUAAUUGCAAUCGUUUCAUCCAUUGCCAAGAAUUACAUUUUCCUACUUCAGCGAGUGAGUUUCGUCAACGUCAUGCAGGGCAGGAGUAAGCGGUGUGCAAGAAGAGAUAAAGUUGCAAAGCAAGUUAAGUAUUAAACAAAAAUCCUCAAAGAAACAAAUGAAAAACAAAUUGAGCAACUAAAUCCCGUAAUUUAAUCGAAUUUCUCCCUUAAGAGCCAACAAAACGCACGAUUUAAAAGCGAACACAAACACACAAUCGGUAUGCAUCAACACAAACAAUUCUGGAAACACACACACACAUACAACAGCAAAUAAAACGACUCAGUUUAAACAUUUAGAGAGUCACUAACUGGCGAAAGUAACUGUAAGACAGGAUUAGAAGUGAACAGAAAGGUACUGGGGGCGGUGUAGAAAUAAUGUUCCUUUUCCUGAGAAUUAAACACGCACCACCACAACUGCAACCCAACGGGGCGAUGAAUCCUUCUGCACAUGAUCCUUAAAAGAAACAAAAACAAUGUACCAUAUCAUUCAUUGGGAAUUAUUACAAUGUAAGUUUAAUUGCGACGAUUCGUACGAUCGCUACCGAAUGACCGAUUUCUAUCCCAACGAAAUGUGCGCAAUGGAUAGCUGUAACUGUCACCUUCCGGAUAGGGCUUCCUCCGUAGGUCGGUUCACCCACCACAUGCCCACCCAUCGUACUAGACUAGCGCAGAACCACUGAACCACUGAACCCACACUGCUUCCCCUUCGCGCUGGUAACGCGCCAAGCAAACGAUACGUUAAGACGCCGCCUUCUUUCCCCGUAGGCUAGCUUCAUUUGACCACCGUUGUAAAUCGUACGUAAUUGAGUAACUGACUGAGGCUGAGGAAUUUUCAUCCCUUAUCCCACCCCGCCCCAAACAGGUGUCAAACUUUAGCACAAGGACAGAAAACAAGGCGCAGAUAGUUUAUCAUUGCUUUUUUCCCCCACCCCAAUCGGUUUGUGAGUGGCUCCCACGGUGCCAGUAAGUUUCACCGCCCGAAUUGGACCGCCAUUUAUAUGUAGUAUAUACCACGUUCCCCGACCUUUUUUGGGUGAGGAAUCCGGUUGACGGAGAGAGAGAAAAAAGCGGUGCGGAAAGGGAAUUAGAUGUCCCUCCCAACCCUGGAUCAGGACAGGAGCAGAUGAGGUAGGAUUAUGUAGAGUUUUUUAAUCACUCCUUGCUGGGUGAUGUUUUAUUAGGUCCCAGACCGUAGCCGGUAACUGGCCGAACAAAUGGACGGUUUACUGUUUCAUACUUCCUUUCCUUCUCUCUCUCUCACUGACCAUUUUGGAUUUGGAAGAAGUUUAGCGUUUUGAUUUUGUUUUCAACCGAUUCCGAUUUGAAUAAACCACUGUCCACGCGUAUACUUUGGAGCAGUUUUACACCAUCGGUAGCAUAAACAAACCCGAACAUUGUCUGAUUGCUCUCCCUAGCAAGCAGGCAUGUUUUGAAAAGCUCUUGUCAACAAUCCCAUCUCCACUGAUUAGUUCCAAACUUACAACGACUCCGGCGCACAUCUUAAGACUUGCCAGCAGGAAUCAGAACAGGAAGCGAACGGUACGUGAGUUAAGUGAGGGUAAAUAACUUAAUAAAAAAAGAAAACCAAACUCUUACUUAUAAAGAUAUACCACAUGACAGAGUUGCAACUACACACACACACACAAACAUACACAAUACAUACAAAAACGUUCACACUCGAAUCCAAUUUUCUAUGCAGUUUACAUAAAUUUGAUAAAUGUGAAUAUUUUAAUUAGUGAAGAAAAGAAAACCCCCAUUUACCAAGAGGAUAAUGCAAAGAAAUAAAAUGUCUUACCACACUAGUAACGUACACACAUGCACACAUGAAAACACGUACAGAAAUACAGACAUCCAAACCAGCGAACCCCUUAUAAUGAGCGACAAAGGUAAAAACAUGGAGUCUUAAAAAAAUAAUUAAAAUCAUCCAAUUAAAUGUAAAGACGAGAUUGCUUACCAGAGAGACAAAAUGAAUGAAUAGAAAAGGAAGAUUCUACUUUGUAGUAUAUUCGAUGUUGAUUCUCUUAGUUAUUUAAUACCAAUCUGGUUUGUCUUGUAUAGUCUUGUAUGUUCAUUUAUAGAGUUUUUUUGCUGUUUAUAUUACAAAUGUAUUGUAAAACGUUUAGUUUUUCUACUUAAUUCGCUCAAUGUGUUUUUUAAUUUGUUUUAUUUUUUUUAUUUUACUAAUAUCACCUUCCUUCUUCUAUUUGCAUCACACCUCUCAAUUUUUCAUUCUAUAAAAUUGAUUUAAUUUACUUCAAAUCUUCGCAUUUUGCCUUAUUUUAAUAAUUUCUCAUACACUCGACUGUAAAAUGUGUACGGAAAUGCAUGCACACGUUCAAAUGGUAACGAUUUUUAAAUGUUUCAACGACUCUUUGCACAACCCAAUAUUAGGUAUGCGAUUCCUGAAUCACACCUCUCAUUAUGAAUUCGGUUUCACUUCAUCAUGCCGUAAGAUUACUCCAUCUUACUAAGCAAUAAUUCAACGCAACAACAACAAAAAAAGUCCUUGAUAAAAUUUAAACGAAGUUAAACGGUAUUGGAAAUAUUCUCACCUAUUGAAUUAACGUAAACAUCAGCAAACACGGAACUACUUUCCACUGGGGAUGCAUACGAAAUAAGUAACAAAACAAAAGCACACAUACAUAAAACCAAGGAUCAUAAAGUAAGAGAAUUGUGAAGAGAACUGACCAUUAGGUGAACGAGCAAUUGGGGGAAUUUAAGUAUUAAGAAAAAUUGCAACAAGCAAAAAAGGCAACAAAAAAAAUACACACAUCCACACUAGAGCGAUCGUUUAAUUCCUCGUUUUCGAAUGCGAAGCAAGGCACCCGAAGCACGAUGAGCGUACAAUUUUCAUCACACAUUUGUAGAUAUGAACAUUGAACAAAUUAAUAAUCGAAUUACUAAUGUGACAAAACCAACGCAAUUGGGACUGGAUUGGGGACAAGGAUAGGGGAACACAAAAUCGCGAUGCAAAAGAGCAAGAACGAAAACGGGAAAUGGAACAAAAAAAAAUGCCAAAAUAUCAUAUUAGAACACAAAACUCUACUACUGGUACUGCCAUUGGUGUGCAAGGGAUCUGAAUAUCUGACACAGGGGUAGCGCCAGACGUAAAAGGGUCGUGCGAUUAUAUCAAGUUUUCACACACGAUGCUAGCGAUUUCCCUUCAGCCAAAUAACGUACGAUGAAACAUUGGUACUUACAAGAUACAGGCCACCCCAAAGGGGCAACAGCAGAUAGGAAUACAGCAUCUGGCAACCAAACAAGCAGCCCAGUGAAUCAUGAGUGAGUCAUCGGCAUCUGACCCGUUCGGCGACAGUAAUUGAAUUGUUCUAUCGUUCUGGCGGUACGUUUGAAAAAAUCUCUUAGAGGCAAAGCAAACUGGGUCUCCCCCGUGAGGCGAAUGUGAUUUUGUACAUAUUAAACAAAAAAUCUUAGGAACUCAGAAAAGAAAUCAUAAGCAGAGUAUAUAGUGUAGUCGUGGCAAACCAAAAUUGGAGAUGGAGUCGGUUUGGCCAGUACGGAAACGAAGGGACAGGGGUUCGGUUAGAUAAGGUGUGGCAAUGGCACACAUUAAAAGCAACCACCACAACAACAAAGAAAACCCCCCUUAAACAAGUACGUUACUCAUACAUCUACAAGAUCUACAAGUAGGAGUCGCUCUGAUAUUUCAAAGAGGUUAAAAACUACCAAUAAAAUACCAGUUGAAAACGGUCGAGCGCGCAUCGGAUCAGGUUUGGGCAUCACUCAUUUCCAACCUUCGAAUGUCAAUCGUUUCGUACGUCAAAGAGCAUUCAGGCAGCGAGUAGAAGUAAAGAAAAACAGUUUAAGCAAAUUUGCAGAGUAAAGUAUUUAAACUAUCUUAUCGACAAACAGAAAACACGACAACAAAACAACAGGAAAUAUAAAUAUAAUGCAAAAGGUUUCGUUGCAAAAAAAAAAUGAGAGAAAACGAGAAGUGAAAAAUAUUCAUUAGGUCCCCCCGUCACACCCCACACUCCCAUAAACGCCACUCGUAAACACACGGCAGAUCAGCGGCAUACAAAAACAGUUUAUUUUUAUUUUAUUUUAUUUUUUAUUUUAUUAAUUGCUCGGCCACGUUGGGUUACAGCAAUAGUUCCCAUGCAUCCGGUACAUAGGCGUGUUGCGUCUCGAACAGGUUUUGUUACAUUAGUGUAAAAUACCAAGGAACAAUAUUACUUAUCUAACAUAUGAAAACCAAACAAAAAAAAACAGACAUCUGAAACUGGUUCACCAUAUCAGUAUGAGCAGUAUGCUAAAUAAAGACCACACAGGCUAGUGCAGGCCUUUUGAUAGCUAAUAGAUAUUUUUCCUACUCUCACUGUCAAUAAAAUAGAUCACACAAUCACAAGGUUGGAUGCGUCAACACAACAUGAAAGAAAAUGUGGCAAACAAAACAGACAAGAUAAAGAUGAAAUAGUAAAUGAAAGGGUCAAAUAGAUAAUACUGAAAGAUAAUUAUUUGCUAUACAAAACACCGGUUGAGCAAUAGCAAAGUACGUUAGAUAAUAUGCAGAGAAAUAAAACCGAAGUAAAAGAUGAUUCAACUGAAAGAAGUAAAGAUAAAUUAAAGAAACAGAGAAGAAAAAAACAAACAUACCUUACUUAUGCAAAUUAACAACCACCUGUAUACAGAAAAAAAACAACAAUAGUAAAUAGCACCGCAGCAUCAAAAACCGAACACACUAGUUAAGAGAAGUAGAACAAUCCUAUCAGACAUCCGCAAAUGAUCCGGUAAAAUCGUGGUGUGUUUUUCGAAAAAUGAAAUGAGAACAAAAACAACACUCAAACAAACAAAUAUAAACAACGCUGGAAUUAACAUACCAAAACGGACAAAAUACAUACAGAUUAUUAUCAAGGAUGGAGCGUCACAGUGGGAGAUGACGAAUGAAUGGUUUGCAUAUUUUUGUGUAACAUUACUGUAGCUUAAACAUUGUGUAUUCUUUACGUAAACCGGCGGGAGCAUUUGCGUCAGAAACACUAGUUUUUACUGAUAUUUUUUUACGGACUGUUACUUAAACGUUAUGAUAUAUGUAAUGAAUGAAUUAUAUGGAGCGCGCGAUACACGACAGUGAAGGAGUACAACCGAUCUUAAAUCACUAAUCGCCACAGCAAGCAAAUCUGUACGAGAUUUAUACUCGAAUUCAAUUCAUAACUAGCCAAAUUGUUACGAAAACUCCCACUCGAAGCGAUUACACUAAACACUUACUUGCGUUACGGAUGCUACAGUGUAGACAGGAAAUUAAGACCCUGGUGUGCAGGUAGAAUGGCAAUACAGAAACAGCAGUGUGUACGAACAAGAACCAAUAGUAAUUGCAAUGUCGAAAAUGGAUUAAAAAAACAUUAUAACAAACCAUCACACGACACACGACAGGACACACCCGUUACCGCAAUGGUGCAAGUUUAGUUUUGCAAAUCAGUACGUUUUGUAAUUCUAUCAAUUCACAACCAAUUGAAACACAUAAAGACACAGAUGAAGGGUUGAAAUGGAAAAGAGAGUGAAAACCAAUGAAAAAGCAGGAAAACAUACAAACAAAGGCACACAACACGGCAUACAUAGCAUACAAACGAAAGAAGAAAAACAUCUCUAGCAAGACGACGAAUACGGCAGUACGUGAGAAGGCGCGAAAUAGUAGUGUGUGAGACAGACAGUGGAUAGUCAAAUUGCGAGCGAAGGAUGAUUGAGCGGGUGUAAAACUCUGAAAAUACGUUUCUGAUAAUAAAUUAAAAAAUUGACAAAAAAUUAA